UGUCAGCCUCGUCUCCUCUAUUUAAAAGAAUUUGACGGCAAAUUCUGCGCAGCAGUAGCGGCAGUAGCAACGCCGCGUGUCGUCCGGCGUCCUCCGGUCCGACUGCGCGUCUCCGCCGUGCUCCCGCCCGAGGAGCGCCAAGUCCACCGCAUUGCUCACUGCAGUGUGUCCGCGCUUGAGGAGAUGGCAGCAGCUGCGCUCAAAUCUGUCUGUCUUUCCGCCUUUGACUACAAAACUGAGAAAUAUGUCAUUGCGCAGAACAAGCGUGUGGGAAUUCUGUACCGAGUGGUGCAAUUGGCAGUGCUGGGAUACAUCGUGGGCUGGGUUUUCCUGACAAAGAAAGGUUACCAAGAAACAGAGGAAUCCAUACAGAGCACGGUGAUUACUAAAUUAAAAGGAGUCACCCUCACUAACAGCUCAGACACAGGAGUGCGACUGUGGGAUGUGGCAGAUUAUGUGGUUCCUCCUCAGGGGGAGAACAUUUUCUUUGUUGUAACAAAUAUGAUAGAAACUCGAAAUCAGUCCCCUGGAUACUGUGCAGAGAGUUUCUCAGUGAAAGAUGCCUUAUGCAACUCAAAAGAAGACUGCACUCCUGGGGAAGCUGUCAUAGCAGGCCAUGGAGUAAAGACAGGUGUCUGCUUGAAAAAGGACACUAACUCCACGGGCACAUGUGAGAUUUUUGCUUGGUGUCCGAUUGAGAGAAGUGGGAAACCAGAAAAACCAUUAUUAGCCAAAGCAGAAAACUUUACAGUUUACGUAAAGAACUCUAUAAGAUUUCCAAAUUUCAAAUUUGCCAAGUCAAAUGUUUUGGAUACAAGUGAUAAUUCAUAUUUGAAGUCCUGUCAGUAUGAUAAAUUCCACAGUCCCUACUGUCCAAUUUUCCGCCUUGGUGAUGUUGUACGUUGGGCUGGUCAUGACUUUCAGGAUAUGGCAACAGAGGGAGGUGUCAUUGGGAUUUUCAUUGAGUGGAACUGUGACCUGGACAAAUCUGCUUCUAAAUGCAAUCCUCGGUACUCUUUUAAUAGGCUGGAUCUUAAGUCUUCUCCUAUGUCUGUCACUUCUGGCUAUAACUUCAGGUAUGCAAAGUAUUACAAAAACAGCAAAGGAGAGGAUUACAGAACACUUAUCAAAGUCUAUGGGAUCCGGUUUGAUAUCAUGGUGAAUGGAAAGGCAGGAAAGUUUAACAUCAUUCCAACAGUCAUCAAUAUCGGCUCUGGCUUGGCUCUGAUGGGGGCGGGUGCCUUCUUCUGUGAUCUUGUGCUGCUCUACAUGAUGAAAAAAAGUACUGUUUACCGAGAAAGGAAAUAUGAAUCUGUAGCGAAAAGUAAAAAGAAAGAGGAAGGUAAAGCUUUUUCCAAUGGAAAAGAGUCUACGAAAAAGAAAAUAGAACAAGAAUGUCUAACAGACUUGUCACCUGAGGCCUAAAGAAUAUGAGCACUAGGUUUUCUGUGAAAAUUAGUGCAUACACUAUAUGCAAUGUGGAGAUGAAAAGGGUGACAUUAGGGAUUAAGAAUUAAUAACUCUGGGCAUGUCCUUCCUGACACUUACCUACUCAAUACCAGUAAACACCUUCAGAGAGCACGGGCCUUCUUCACACUGACAUGUUGUUGGUAGUUAGUGGCAACAAAGAACUAAAGACCAAAUUCUGGAGUUGACAUCUGUGUUAAAAAAAAAACCAUCACAGUGAAGUCUUUUUGAAGUAAAGAUUACCUUUGAAAAAACAGAAGAUUUUUCUCUCUUUCUUUAGAAGAGUAUGACAUUCGCUUGAUUCCCAGAAUAGCAAAUUGGAGGAUUUCAUUGGCACACAGUGCAGCCAUGGUCAGUUCUAAAAGGGCAACAUGACUUAAAGCUUAAGAUAUUAACUCCAUGAUUAUUUCUGGUUAUGUGAUGCCUGGAUGACUUGAGUGGCAUUUUUGAGGCAUUUAUCAGUUUGUGAAUAUGUUUGCCAGCCUGGGAAAGAGGCCAUAUUCCUACAACUAGCUCAACAUAAUGUCAUCCUUUCAUCAUAUAUUUCUCAUUUGCUGUUACAAUUCCUUCAUACACCCUUGAAAUGUUCUGUUGAAUUAAAAAUGAUAUACAGUAUUUCCUUUGAAGAUUGGUAUGGUGACACAAACGUUAGUGCUGUUAACUCAUUUUCUGAAGUGAGACGCUGUGGUUUCUUAUAAUCUGUGUGAAGCUGCGGGGCUUGAAUGUGUGCCCGGUGGCUGAUGGGCUUUCUGUUAACAUUUGUUUCCAGAAUAAGCAUGGAUCUCAGGAAGACCGAUUUGCUUUAAGCAUUUUUGAAAAAAGAUGGAAGAGCAUUUUACAUAUUAUUUAUAUUAUAUAUAUAUAUAUAUAUUUU